AUGAUGGCAUUGGCUGUUCCAACGGCAGACUACACUUACGACGACUGUCGAGUGGCUGUAAAAGCUGGUCAACUGGGUCUACCGAUGACCUCGAAUCUGAUCACCGUCGAAAGACUUAGAAGUCGGCUAGGAUUGACGCGAAUUAAGAUCGAGGACUCGGCUCUGGUCAAGAACAUGCUGUCGUUUCAGAAUCGAGAGCCUCAACCGAUAGAUCUGACCGAAUUCGCAAACAGUUUGAACGUUACCGUCGAGGACGGUUCAUUGAUCAGCCUCUUCAAAAUGCAUCUAGAGAAUGAACACUCGUCGACCAUAGAUUUUAAAAAGUACUUGUUGGCCGAGUACAUCUUGCAGAAAGCCACCUCCAAAGACGACCUGAUCGUAUUGGCUUUUAAGUUGUACGGUGAAUAUUUUGAUAAAGAAAUGUUCGAGUACGUGUUAAACCUUGUCUACAAUCUUUCGAAAUCCGAAGCUUCCGUCAUUUACAACGAAAUGACUGACAAACCCAAUGAAAUAAGAUUGGCGGACUACUUACAAUACGGGAAACAGUAUCCUGAAAAAAUUGAGUCCUUGCAAAACCUCAGUAAGAAUUCGGCACCCAGAACCGUAACAGACUUUUCCAGUUGCGGUCAAUCGUUCCACGUCGCUAUGGACGACGACAAGAAGUAUCAAUGACAUACGGAACAUUCUACAAGUACAAUUGUACCUGUUGCAGACUGAUAUUAAAAAUAUUUUUUUAAGGUUUUAUAAUAUUAUACUAUUUGUUAUACAUAUACAUAUUAUAUWAUAUUUUGUUACUUAUUGUAUAUUUAAGGAAUAUUUAGAUUUAAGAACUCUCGAUGCAGUACGGUAUGUGUGAGAUGAUGUAGGUCAUAGUUCUUAUAUCAAACCUAUAUACAUACAUACGUAUUGAUUGUAAAAAUAUAAAUAUCACCUAUGUCCUUUGUGCUUAUAUAGUCUAUAGUUUUGGUAUCUGUAUCAUAAUAAUCUAUUAUCUUAUGUAGUAUGCAUAUAUUAUAUGCAGUGUUUAAUGCUGUUACCUAUAAUACAUAAUA